AAAUGUCAAUGUCAAAUGAAUAGCAAGACAAAUGUUUUUCCUUUUGUGUACCUACAGUGAUUUUUCAGUGUUUACGAUUUUUACGAAUUACUCACUGUAAUUAUAAUAUAACGAAGUUAUAUUUUCAGUGAAAAUUUAACUUAUAGUGUUAAAAUUAUUUUAUAAUCAUCAAGUCGCUUUGAUUUGUUUUUCGGAUACAAUGGUGGCUCUUGAUGCAGACAUGAACCGGGAUGAGGACUGCGACAAUAUUGGCCUGGGAUGCGCCCUGGAGCAUUUCUCCGAGGUUGAGGAGGUGUUGAACAUGUUAGACAACGUGAAAAAUAUAUAUAACACACCCGCUUUCGAAGUGGAGUACGAGAAACUUUACACAAUAUUAAAACAGUAUUAUGAACAGCCGCAUUUAUUAGAUCCUCAUUUGGAUAAGAUGUUGGCGAAGAUCAUGAGCAUAAUCAACGAUAAAACUACUCCUUUCGAGCUGAAACACGCCACUUUUAAUUAUAUGUAUCAAAUUAUCAGAGUCAGGGGUUACAAAGUGGUGGUUCGUCAUUUGCCGCACGAGGUUUCAGACCUAUUGACAGUUCUCACAUACCUAGAGGCCCAGGGUCCAGAUGACAAGGAAACUUGGAGAAGUAGAUUUGUUCUGCUAUUGUGGCUGUCUAUUGUUGUUAUCAUUCCAUUUCACAUGAGCAGACUUGAUGGAUUUGCUCCUGAUCAGCCAGGUGCAGGAACAUCAAAAAAAUUAACUGUGAUGGAGAGAAUAUUUAACAUUUGCAAGACAUAUGCAUUGAGCAAAGACAGUUGUGCUGAAGCUAGUGCAUAUUUAGCUUCAAAAUUUUUGAUUAGGUCUGAUGUAAAAGAGUUAUACAUGAGCUCAUUCUUUGACUGGGCAUGUGAUUUACAUUCCAAUUUGCAAGAAGAAAACACCAUACACUAUGGUGUGUUGGCUGCAGUUGCGGCAGUGCUUAAACAUGGGAAGAGGGAUGACCUACUGCCUUUCACGCCCAAGUUACUUGAGUGGGUCACAAAGCAGAACUAUCAGCAGCACAAGGCAAUGUUGGUUAGGAAAUAUGGUGUCAAGAUUGUGCAGAGGAUAGGUUUAACAUUUCUGCGUCCGCGCGUGGCGUCGUGGCGCUACACGCGCGGCUCGCGCUCGCUCGCCGUCACGCUGGGCGGCAGCAGCGCCGCCGCGGGCGACACCGAGCCGCUCGCCGCGCCGCCCGACGACGACGACCAGGACAUUCCGCAAGAGGUAGAGGACGUAGUGGAGCUGUUGCUGUGUUCUCUGCGCGACGACGACACGGUGGUGCGCUGGUCGGCGGCCAAGGGCGUUGGACGCAUCGGCGCGCGGCUGCCGGCGCUGGCCGCGGCCGACGUGUGCGACAGCGUGCUCGUGCUGUUCGCCGACAACGAGCGCGACACGGCCUGGCACGGCGGCUGCAUGGCGCUCGCCGAGUUGGGUCGUCGCGGGUUGAUCUCGCCGCGGCAGCUGCGUUCGGCGGUGCGUUGCGCGGCGGCGGCGCUGGCGCGGGACGAGGCGCGCGCGGCCGGAGGCGGCGGCGGCGGCGGCGGGCUGGCGGCGCGCGACGCGGCCUGCCACGCCGCCUGGGCUAUCGCGCGCGCGUACGACGCCGCCGCGCUCGCUCCGCACGCUGAUCUGCUCGCCAACUCGCUUAUUGCCACCGCUUGCUUUGACCGAGAGAUAAACUGUCGUCGCGCUGCAUCAGCGGCCUACCAAGAGAACGUAGGCCGCCACGGCCUGUUCCCACACGGCAUCGACGUGCUCACUGCGGCCGACUUCCAGUCCGUGGGCCCGCGCACGCACGCCUACCUCGUGGUCGCGCCCACCGUGGCCUCCUACCCGGAGUACACGCGCCCACUGCUCGACCACCUGGUGACGCUCAAGCUGGAGCACUGGGACUGCGCCAUCCGCGACCUGGCCGCUAGGGCGCUGAGCAAACUCACUGACAAGAUACCUGAAUACGUGGCAACUGAGGUACUACCCAAAUUAGUGAAGAAGACUGAAUCGAUAGAUCUGAAUAUACGACACGGUGCCAUACUCGGUAUAGGCGAGGCGAUAUACGCGCUUUCUCAAGCCGACUUACCUGAUGGUCGAAAAGGCGACACGUUGGUGGACGAAGAGUUAUGGGCGCGCGUGCGCGGGCUGGUGGGUGAGCUGCGCUCGCGGCAGCUGCUGCGCGGGCUCGGCGGCGAGCUCAUGCGGCAGGCGGCCUGCCACUGUCUGGCGAAGCUGGCGCUCGCCAGAACGCCCGUGCAAAAGGAGGACACUGUUGAUGAAUGGCUCAACCUCAUCGAGGAGUGUCUCUCGCACGAAGUUCAAGCGAUUCGAGAGAAAGCCAUCGAAGCGUUGCCGCAUGUAUUCGACCAGUACCUCAAAGACGACAACUUGCUCUACGGUGACGUCACGGCUAAGCAGAAACGGAUGCAACUCGUGGAGAAGUAUUGCAGCCAACUGGGCAACACUGGAGUGAAUGGACAGUUUCUGAGAAUGGGAUAUGCACGGGCUCUCGGUGCUCUACCAAAAUUCGUGUUAGCGGAACAAAUGCAACUCGUCAUACAGUCGCUAAUCGACUGCACCAAAGUGACGGAAGUGACUUUGACGUGGGCCGAGGCUCGGCGCGACGCCGUGGUGGGGCUCACCGAGGUGUGCCAGACGUUGGGCCUCGGCAGCGGCUUGGAGCGCUUCGUGGGCGAGAUGAGGACGGCGCUGUUGGAGUGCUUGUCUGAGUACACUGUGGACAUGCGGGGUGACAUCGGCGCGUGGGUCAGAGAAGCUAGCAUGACAGGACUACUGUCGCUGUGUCGUCAAUGCGCCGCAGACGCGCCGCAGCUGAACGAUGCGGCGGCCGUGCGGUCAGUCGCGUGCGGCGUGGCGCAGCAAGCCGUGGAGAAGAUCGACCGCACGCGCGCGCACGCCGGACGGAUAUUCACUGCGCUUAUAUACAAUGACCCUCCUAUCGCCAACAUACCUCACCACGAGGCUUUAAAGCGCAUAUUCCCGUGCGAGGAGGUGGAGGUGAGGAGGAGCGACGAGCCGGAGACGGCCAGCGAGAGCUCGGCGGUGGUGCUGUGGCUGUUCCCUGGCCACACCAUGCCGCGGUUCGUGCAGCUGCUCGCCUUCCCCGCCUACCGGUACCACGUGCUCAAGGGGCUGGUGGUCAGCGCUGGCGAGCUCACUGAGAGCUUGGUGAAACAUACGACACAGUCUCUGUUUUCGUAUCUGAACACUUUGCACGAGGACAGGCAGACGAUGGAGAGCAUCUGCGCCACCAUCACGCAAGUGUUCGCUGACAACUUGCACGUCAAGCGGAUCACGGGACCCAUGUUCAACUUCUUGGACAGGCUGCUCAGUUCAGGCUCAAUAUCUCCAAUAUUAGAAGACUCAGAAUCAACAUUUGCUUUGGACAUAUUAAAAUAUUUGCAAUUAGAACUUCGAGGAGGCAAAAAUAUCUACAAGCUUCUGGAUUCUAUUAAUGUUCUGUGUCAAUUGAUUCAGGUGGGCGGCGUGGUGAUGUCCCGCUCGCUGGGCCAGCUGAUGAUCUACGUGUGCUACGCGGACCGGUACGUGCGGCGAUGCGCUGCCGCGCGGCUCUACGAGGCGCUCACGCUGUAUGGUGACCAGUGUGCGCUAGAGCAGGAAGCCCUCGAUCAGGUGAUGACUAUUCUGGCUGAGACUGACUGGGAAAAGGACAUCAACGAAUUAAGGCCUAUCAGAAAUGAGAUUUGCGACUUGAUGGGCAUAAAACGACCCGUUAUGAAGAGCAAAGCUCAAGCUUUGUAAUAUCUGUGAUUAUACAUAUAAGUAUUGAUUAUAUGCGCUUAAAGUUCGAUCUAAUGAUUAAACAUUUAUUUUUUAAUAUAAUGGUCGCAAUAAUUUAGUUCUCUAUACUUUAUUUUGUACGCAGUUUGAUACUGUUACUAUCGCUUUAACGUAAACGCGAAUUUCUAUGGAAUUGAAACAGCGCCAUCAAGUGGACGCCUAGUGCCGAGGCGGUGCGGGUCGGGUCCCGGGUGGGUCUAAUGAGCUACGACCUUUAAACCUCAAUUUACUUUAAAGUAAUGUGAACUUUUAAUAGCUUAGGCUUAGAGUGGUCUAAAAAAUUAAAUUAUUUCUUUGAAGUAAAUUGAGGUUUAAAUCUUAAUCCAUAUUUAUGAAUAUGGCCGUAGGGGCUUAGGGGUUUGUUAUCAUUACCUCCCUUUGUGGGUAUGUAAAAACCAUACCAUGUAUAGUCCAGUCGUUUUAGGUUUUAUCUGGGGAAAAAUUCCUAGUAAGCUGAAUUUUUGUAUACACCUUAUUACAGUGCUAUUGUGAAGAUGUGAAAAAUAGACAUCGUUAUCGUGGCUAAAAAAGUUAAAGGUCAGUCAAAAAUUCAGCUCAGUAGGAAUUUUUCCCCAGAUUGGGGUUCUAAAUGUCUAAAAUUAUUGGACUAGUAGCUAUGUUACGGAACUACUUCGCGUCCACACUAGUCUCAAAAACAUACAUACAGCCGAACGUAGAACCUCCUCUUUUUUGGAAGUUGGUUAAAAAUAAUAAGUUUUGCUGGAAAAUUGUAAUUCGCUUUAGUGCCUUUAAAACGUAAUAUUUAUUUUAACUAUAUUAACCGAUUGUUAAUUGCACAAUAUAUUUUUUAAUUUACGAGAAAACGAUGUAUGAAUUUACAAUGCUUAUUAAGGAAUGUAUGAAUAACUUGGAUGAAAUAAAUUACAUUUUCUUAUUA